GUCAUAAGCGGUUUUGUGUCGUUAUGCAAAAAGCAUGUAGACGCUAUUCAAAUAGGUUUUCAACCAUGAUUGUGAAUAUGGUCUGUUUUAUUAAAGCUGGUUCCGUCCCUAUCGUUGAAGGUUUCAACUUAUAUUGAGCUGUUAUAGUUUCACUCUUUGCUGACAAUACAAAACCAUUUAAAACUAUGGCUUCUGCAACUAAGGUUACCUUGGACAGUCAUGAUAAGUUGGUACUUUGUACCCUUUUCGACAAGGAGAUGGGUGGGGUUGCAUCCAAAUAUUCAGAGGCGGAUAUCCCCCGUGACUUGUUCUUUGACGAAGACAAAAAGAUAAUUUUCAACUACAAAACCGGGGUAAUGAUCGAUAUGAACCUUCCCCCGGAAAGAUACGUCGAGGAUGCCAACAUUGUUGAAGCGUACCUGAGAAUUGAGGUGGAGGCAAUCUCGAUAGUCGAUCUGAUCUCUCCCACGGAGCGGGAUGCGCUAGUUAAAUUGCAGAGCUCCAAGUCCAUAUUGGAGACGCGGAUCCUCAACGAUCCUUCCGGAAAGGGACAAAAGUAUGCUUCCGUUUACAACAACGUGGCCCAGAUUGAGCGCUACUUGCUCUUGCUCUUUGAGUCCACUACGCUGGUGGGCGAUACCAUCCCCGAACUGGAAGAAUCCUACACCGCUGCCACCCUUCUGAAUGUCAUUUCACUCAGAGAAAAACACAUUACAAGUUUGUUAUACAAGGCUAUCGAGUUGGCCUUGCCGGAACAGGAGGUGCAGUCAAACACGGGGUUAAAUCAGGUCACAUACAAACUCUCUGCCCGGGGUGCUCGAAUUCUUUCAGCGGCAUACGGGCAGCUUGCCGCCGUGUAUUUGGAUCGUGCAGCGAGGUUCGAGAGACUUGCGGCCGGUUAUAGGGCUCAAAACUUAGCCCCCGAGACGCUCAAACCAAUCUUGGAUAUAAUCUUUUCCGCCGAAGUUAGCGCUAGCAACCUUAUGAACCAGGCAGCAUUCUUUGGAGAUGAGUUCACAGGGCUGUUAGCCCUGAAAGUCAAUCCGUACGCUAAAUUGUGUGGCAGUAUCGUAAAGGAUUCGAUUGUGGACUCGGUGAACAAGCAUAUAAAUCAAUGAAAAAUAUAUAUCCUACUUUAAUCUUUCAGCCAUGGCCUUGGA